GGAAGAGGAGGAGGAGGAGGAAGAGGAGCCGCCGCCGCCGCGUCCUGCGCAGGAGGAGGAGGCGGUGAUGGAGCGGGCGUUGCCGAGGCCCCGCAGCCCCGCCCCUUCAGUCCAUGGCCCGAUGGUGCCCGUCGCAAGCACGCCGCACAGGGUCGUUGUUCACUUGGAUUUGGAUUGCUUUUAUGCACAAGUAGAAAUGAUCCAUAAUCCAGAACUAAAAGGCAAACCUUUAGAUGGGCCGGUGGCUCUCCAUCGAAGUCUGUUAUACUCAUGUAGGUUUCUCAGAGCCAGGAGAGAUAAGGAAAAGGAAGAUGUGGAGAUAGAAAAAAUAGGUGUUCAGCAAAAAUAUUUGGUGGUUACCUGUAACUACGAUGCUAGAAAACUUGGGGUUAAGAAACUCAUGUCUAUCAGAGAUGCUAAAGAAAAAUGCCCACAACUCGUUCUAGUUAAUGGAGAAGACCUGACUCGUUAUAGGGAGAUGUCUUACAAGGUUACAGAAUUAUUGGAAGAAUUCUGUCCUGUCGUUGAAAGACUUGGAUUUGAUGAAAAUUUUGUGGAUAUCACAGAGAUGGUGGAAAAGAGAAUGCAGCAGUUGCCGAGUAAUGACUGUUCUACAGUCUCUGUGGUUGGCCACGUGUAUAAUAAUCAAACUGUGAACCCGAACGACAUCUUGCACGUCAGACUCCUCAUCGGUUCUCAGAUUGCAGCAGAGAUGAGGGAGGCCAUUCACAGCCGGCUGGGCCUCACGGGCUGUGCGGGAGUGGCUUCUAAUAAACUCCUGUCAAAAUUAGUGUCUGGCACUUUUAAACCCAAUCAGCAAACAGUCCUUAUGCCUGAGAGUUGUCAAGAUCUCAUUAGCAGUCUGGACCACAUAAAGCAAAUGCCAGGUAUUGGCUUUAAAACAACCAAGCGCCUGGAGUCAUUGGGUGUCAGCAGUGUGCAUGAUCUUCAGACUUUUUCACCUGAUAUACUUGAGAAGGAAUUAGGAAUUUCAGUUGCACAACGAAUCCAGAAACUCAGCUUUGGAGAAGAUAACUCCCCAGUGACCCCAUCUGGACCACCUCAGUCCUUUAGUGAAGAAGAUUCCAUCAGAAAGUGCUCUACAGAAGUGGAUGCUAAAAAAAAAAUAGAAGAACUACUAACCAAUCUCCUAGAGAGAGUUUACAAAGAUGGAAGGAAACCUCAUACAAUAAGAUUAACCAUCCGUCGAUUUUCAGCAGAGAAAUCUUUUAAUCGGGAGAGUCGGCAGUGUCCUAUCCCAUCUCAUGUAAUUCAGAAGUUAGGAACAGGAAGCUAUGAUGUUAUGACUCCAAUGAUUGAUAUACUUAUGAAACUGUUUCGAAAUAUGGUAAACGUGAAGGUGCCAUUUCACCUUACACUUUUGAGCGUGUGCUUCUCCAACCUUAAAGCAAUGCCGACUUCUAAGAAGGGAACUAUUGAAUUUUAUUUAACACCAUCAUCAUCAUCAACUUCACAGUCUGGUAAAAGGACACAUAAAAUGAAAGACAUUCAUAUGGAAGAUCUCUCACAAGACAAGGAUGUCAGCUGGGAUUUUCUACCUACCGGAAGAAUAGAAAGCACAAAAACCGGAGAAUCUCCGUUAGACUCCACAAAUUAUCCAAAGGAGAAAGAAUUUCCUCUUCAGUCCCUCCCUGAGGGCAUUGACCAUGAGGUAUUUAGCCAGCUUCCAUUAGAUAUUCAAGAAGAACUUAUCUCUGGGAAACCUGGGGAAAAACUCCAUGGAAAGAGAACUCCCAGUUAUUCUUUGCGGGCCUCUAAAGGAGUACUGUCUUUCUUUCCUCAAAAAGACAGGCAGGACAGUGACUCACAUUGCAGCGAGCAAAACCCAACAUCUGCAGCAAGCAGCAAACAUUCAGAUUCUUUAGCUACAAAUGAGCCAGGGACAUCAGGUUUAAGUAGUCCUGGCUCAGCAUAUCUUUUCAAUUUAAAAGAUCCUUCUUCCUAUCCGGAAAGCGUUUCAAGAGAUGGAGGUGUGAGCCAAUGUCCGAAGGAACCCCAAGCCUUCCACCUUUCAAAUACAAACCCUGCAGUGUCUACUGUCCAUUCCAUUCCAGACUUGCAAAGUCGACAACUUUUUUCCACCGAACAAAUUGCAGCUGACCAGAAGUGGCCCACAGGAACACUUUCUGAGCAUCAGUGCGCUGUGAAAAACCAAAAGCAGGACUCUGCAGAGGAGGAAAUUACUUUUCCUUCCAACAUUGACCCCGCAGUUUUCUUUGAACUACCAAAAGAAAUACAAAAGGAACUCCUGGAUGAAUGGAAGAGAGCAGAAGUAUCUUUACACUUUAAACACUAAUAAGCAGGCUGAAAAAUAAAAUACCUGCCCAUUUCAGUUUUAGUAGUCAGUUAUGGUAGUUAAAUUAAACUUGGGCAUUAGAUAUUCAAUACUGCAAAAAAUUUGGCUAAUCGGACACAUUCAAGGCAAUGUGUGAAGAGCAGAAGUAAUUUUCACUUAAAACGUGCCUCCAUUUCAAAAGUGGUAAUUCAAAUGUUGUCUUCAAAUUUCAAGUUGUCAUAUAUAUGAUUUUCAAUAAAAAUAUUAUGAAUAGUG